GCCGGGGCUUCGCGAUGCUUGACUUGUGCCAUUCGACAUUGGCGGUGGUGUUGUUGCUCUCGUCAUCUCAAUAGCUCAACAAAAGGCUCGCUUUGCUUCGCUUCUUCCGUUGAGCAGUGGCGGCGCCGACUCAUUCAUUCCGCUUGCUUUCGCGUCCUACUGUUAAUUUUGUCAUGAAGAUGCCCUGGUCUGAG